CAAACCCAGUUCCUCUAAAAAAGUUCAUAUUUUAGACAAAAUCCCCAAAAAAAAAUGGGAAGCUCAAGAACAAGAACUCCAUCACUCUUUGGCUGCAUCUUAAUCUGUGCAAUCCUGGCCGCCCAUUUGGUAGCGAUUGCUUCGGCCGUUGACUUCAGCGGCGGCAGCGGCGGCCACCAGCUGGGCGAGUUGAGCUGGGGUUCGAUGAGAUCGGCGGCUGGGGGACUGAUAGCUGACGAGGACGAGGAUGCGGAGAUGCUGAUGGACUCGGAGAUCAAUCGGCGCAUCUUAGCCUGGAGGAGGAGGUACAUUAGCUACGGUGCGCUGAGGAGGAACACUGUACCCUGCUCGCGGCGUGGCGCGUCCUACUACAACUGCCGACCCGGGGCUCAGGCAAAUCCCUACCGUCGCGGCUGUAGCGCCAUUACUCGCUGCAGGCGCUAAUUUCAAAUUUUAUUUUUUUAAAUUUAAUUUCCACCUCCUUUUUAAUUAUAAAAAAUUUAUAUUAUUUACGGUCUAGUGAGUGAUUGUGUGUUAUAUACCUGAAAAGAUUUUAAUAAAUGUUGUAAUAUUGUUGCUCUUCCA